AUGUAUCUGGAGGAAACGAUGUGGUCCGGCAGCGUGACCCGCACAGAAUGGGCACUCUUUAUCAUGGUAACCCCCGUGAUGUUUUACGGCACUGAUGUAUUCCAUGCCCGGGCCAUGAAGGAGAUAUAUGCCUUGUGGAGACCUGGAAGUCGGGUGCCCAUCCUGCGGAGAUUCUAUCGUUUUGGUAGUAUGAACCUUUUGAUCUCUGCGGGCACAUCCGUUGCCUAUGUCUCAUCCCUGGCUAUACUUAUCGUCGAUGCAGUCGUGGGUACUAAGUUCAGUCCCCACAGCACGACCUAUUUCGACUCGGUGGUUUUCCUGACUCUUUUCAUUCUUGCUGGUCGGUUCCUAGAGGCAUACAGCAAAGCCAAAACCGGCGAUGCUGUCACGUCAUUGGGUAACCUUCGACCCUCCGAGGCACUGUUGAUCGAAGACACAUCCACUAUCAGUGGCGAUGCCCCCGAUGGCUCUGCUGCAGAGGGGAUGAAACGUACAAAUGUUGACCUCCUCGAAGUUGGCGACAUCGUCAGUAUUCCUCAUGGCGCCUCGCCUCCUGCCGAUGGAACGGUCAUUGACACCGCCUCGUACCAAUUCGAUGAAAGCUCUUUGACUGGAGAAUCUCGACCGGUCAAGAAAUCAAUCGAUGACAUAGUAUAUACUGGCUCUGUGAAUGUCGGCCAACCUGUACGCAUUCGCAUUACUGAGCUCGGUGGUUCAUCGAUGCUUGACCUGAUCAUUGCUGUAGUUCGUGAAGGCCAAAGUAAGCGUGCACCACUCGAAAGGGUCGCCGAUCUUCUCACCUCGCAUUUCGUCCCCAUCAUCACGCUCAUUGCUAUUUCAACCUUCAUCAUCUGGUUGGCCCUUGGUCAUUCGGGUGUGCUCCCCACAGACUACCUUGAUGUCGCUCAUGGUGGUUGGACAUUCUGGGCUCUUGAGUUUGCGAUUGCAGUAUUCGUUGUAGCUUGUCCCUGCGGCCUGGCUCUUGCAGCCCCUACUGCGCUAUUUGUUGGAAGUGGUUUAGCAGCGAAGCAUGGUAUCCUGGUCAAAGGCGGAGGAGAGGCCUUCCAAGAGGCUAGUCGCCUGGACGCGAUCGUCUUUGACAAGACGGGCACAUUGACCGAAGGCGGCAGCCUGAAGGUUUCCGAGCAUCAAGUUCUAACUAGUGACCCGGAACUUGCGAAAGUUGCAUGGGCCCUGACUCGAAAGAUGGAAGAGAGCAGCAGUCAUCCAAUUGCCCAGGCAAUCACCGAAUUCUGCAAAUCCCAACCCUGCGCCACUGUCAAGUCCUCCGACGUCCAAGAGAUUUCCGGACAAGGCAUGAAAGGAAUUUUCACCGUCUCUCGACCGGAGCACGAAGACGAAUACGAAGCUGCUAUUGGAAAUGAACGCCUGCUGCAUAGCGUCCUAUCACCCGAAACAGAUACAUACUUCGUAUCCAACCUGCUGUCAAAAUACCAGUCAGCAGGCAAGUCAACCGCAGUCCUCUCACUCCGCCAUGUCAACUCUCAGUCCUCUGAACCGUCAAACUUCAUCCCAGCAAUCGUGCUCGCAACAUCCGACACAAUCCGCCCCGAAGCCGUCGACAUCAUCUCCCAGCUCCAGAAAAGACGUGUCGAUGUCUUCAUGUGCACAGGCGACAACCAAACAACCGCCCAUGCCGUCGCAGACAUGCUAAGAAUCCCCCGGUCAAACGUCAUGGCCAAUGUCCUCCCAGCAGAGAAAGCUAGCUUCGUCCGCCAGAUCCAAGAAGGAUCCUCAGACACACCUACAACAACCAGUAACACCAAACAAUCCCGUCCAAUCGUCGCCUUCGUCGGUGAUGGCGUGAACGACUCCCCGCCCUAG